UUGUGUUUCUUUUUCUUUAAAGUUUAGUUGGUAUAAAAAUUUAUUAAGUUUCUUGAAUCUUUACUUUUUAGGGUGGUUAUAGGUUGGGAAAUGAAAAUUAAUUAUAUGUUUUAUAAAUAUUAUACACUAAUAUAUUGUAAAUAUUAUAUAUGGUUAUAUUACUGUACGACACCGAUGUCCCAAGACCCAAUUGGGCCCUUGGUUCAGGCCCAAUGGCACGGCCCCAUUACUUUAAAUUCUGCUUGAAACUACCUUCACAAACUACGAGUUUUAAGCCUCGACCCCUAACCGAUGCUCGGCAUAAAUUUCCCGAACAAAUAAGGAAGUCUUGUUCGAACGUACCAUUGGAUGCUCGGCAGUUCAGGAAACAUCACUACCAAGCAUAUUAACCUGAGUUGGAACCAAGUUCCAAAGCCAUAAUUGCUGCAUUCCACUCUCACCUAAACAUCCACUUACAACAGAUAAUAUUGGACCUUCAAUUGCAUUAACAAUGACAAUAAUCAUGAUCUCCCCACUAACUUAGAGCUAUAAAUAGGAGAAGUUGGGGAAGAAAAGGAGGUUCAGAAAAAAGAGAAAAAACAGUUAUUCAGGAAGGGAGAGAGGAUAUUACUUUGAGUCUCUGUGUCGAGAACGACCUAAAAUAGGAAAUCCUAAAGCCCACCUUAUAAAUAAGUUGUGGGCCCAAGUGAGGCUAAGCUCAUUAGUCUCAUUUCCGGCACGCACAAUUGGCGCCCACCAUGGGGCUCUCCUACGAAGCUGUGGUUCGACUGAGACUCAAACGAGGGAAAUGUCCGAGGGGCGUUCGGGAGGGCGCACCCAGAGUGGUUCGAUAGGAUCUUCUCAGGGUUCUACAUGGCAGGAAAGAAGACAGAAAGGGCGUGAGGAUAGGGAGCGUCUGCGAGGAGAAGAAGAAUUUGGCCUGGGAGAGGGAUCGGACCAGACUCACCGAACGAUGUCGGGUGCCUUGGGACAUGGGUAGCGUGAUGAUAGGGACCGAGAGCUGGAGCAGUUGCGUAGACUGGUAAUGGAUCUAAAGUUGGAAGUAAGGGGUCGACGCCAGGAAAGGGACCGAAACCACCGAUAAAAGAGAGAUGAUAGCAUGGGAAAUUGAGGCGAAGAGAGCUCUAGCCAAUCCGGUCCCCAACGAUUCCAGGACCGGUCACUCUCCCGAGAAUCACACCGGCGUAGGAACCACUCACACUCCCAAGAGACACGUCAUCACUGGAACUGUUCAUGUUCGCACAGAUACGACGAUCGAGGUUCGGAUUCACCAGAAGAACGGCGAACCCACAAUGUUGCCAUGGACGCCAUGAGCCGGGCCUUACGAAGGGCUGCUCAGUUACCAUUCUCCAAUGAAAUUGAACAGGCCCCUAUGCCGAGUCGAUUUACACGACCACCAUUCAAUUCCUACGAUGGGAAAACGGACCCUGUGGAGCAUGUCAGUCAUUAUAUCCAUAUGAUGUCCUUGCAUGCACACAAUGAUGCGCUGAUGUGUAAGGUAUUCCCCUCUAGUCUCGGCUCCACGGCCCUGAGAUGGUUUAAUGGGUUACGAAAAGGUUCCAUUCACAGUUUCGCCGAGCUGAUCCAAGAGUUUGGCAGUAGAUUCGUGACAUGCAGCCGAGUGCCGCAAUCGGUGGAUGCGCUACUUUCCAUAAAGAUGAGGGUUGGUGAAACCCUUCGGAGUUACGCCAGUCGGUAUUGGGAACUAUACAACAAGAUCGGUGGGAGAAAUGAGAAGAUAGCAGCAAACACCUUCAAGAUGGGGCUCCCCGAGGAUUCUAAACUAUGGGAGUCGUUGACGAAAAGACUUCCCGAGGAUAUGAGGCAACUUAUGAGGCGCAUUGAGGAGUAUAAGCGAUUGGAAGAUGAUCGGCUGCAGAAUAAGGGGAAGGCCCCAUUAUUCGGCAGAUCUCGGCAAGGCAUUAUUCCGGCAAGACCAAAAAAAGAUUUCAGGAUGCAGGAAUCAGAAGCGCAAAUUAAAGGAGUUAAUGUGGCGUUUAAAGAGCCGGUGCACAAAAUUCUAGAUCAGAUUAAGAACGAAUCGUUCUUCAGGUGGCCGAACAAGAUGGGGGGUGACCCAUCUCAGAAGAAUCAAAACUUGUACUGCACAUACCACAGGGAUAAAGGGCAAACCACCGAGCAGUGUCGGGUAUUAAAAGAUCAUCUCGGGCAGCUAGUAAAGGCAGAGUAUCUGAAAGAGUUCGUAGUGGAUUCCGUAGACCGAGAUGCCGGCCAGGGUGUUCAGCAAAAAAGGAAUCCCCUCCCACCACUGCUGGGAGUGAUCGAAGUCAUCCACGCUGCCCCGAGAGAUGCGGCCACAACUAAGGGAGUAUUGACAGUGGCCUGCGCGGAGGGAAAAUCACCCGAGAAAAGGAUGAAAGUUGGUCGGCUGACAAUUUCUUUUGUCGAGGAAGACUUGGAGGGGAUGAUCUAACCUCAUGAUGAUGCGUUGAUAGUAACAGCUCGGAUAAGCGGGUUCUUGGUGAAAAGAGUGAUGAUAGACCAAGGAAGCGGAGUUGACGUAAUGUACCUAGAUUUGUUCGAAGGGUUCGGAUUGAAAAGCCAGGACUUGGUGAAAUAUGAUACGCCGCUGGUCUCGUUUGACGGAAGAGUCGUGAUCCCCGAAGGUCAGAUUUCUCUUUCGGUGGACAUGGAAGGCAAGGAAGUAAUGGUAACCUUCAUAGUAGUUCGAUCAUUCUCGCCGUACACUGCAAUCCUGGGAAGGCCGUGGAUUCACGCAAUGAAGGCUGUUCCUUCCACCCUGCACGUGAAAGUUAAAUUUCCCAUCGAGUAUGGAGUCGCCGUGGUACGAGGGAACCAACAAGUGGCUAGGUAGUGUCUUGUCGCCGCGGUCAGGUGGAAGGGCGAAUAGGUUGGACAAGCAAAAACCACCAAAAGAGAAACUUUAUAGCAAUUAUAGAAGCCUCGAGGAGAAACAGGGGCGGAUGGUGCCGAGGAGGUUUUGAAGGUUAGAAUCUUUCCAGACACUGACAGGUAUUUUCAGAUAGGCACAAGCAUGAAUGACCGAGAGAAGGUAGAGAUGUUGUUAUUCCUUUUGCAGAAUGUGGAUGUUUUUGCUUGGAGUCCGUAUGAAGUGCUCGGAGAUCCCGAGUUCAUUGUCCAUAAGCUUAACGUGGACCCAUCAUUCCCCCCGAAAAAGCAAAAACCGAGAAGAGCAUCGAAGGAGCAUGUUGACGCAGUAAACUUGGAAGUCUAGAGGCUGAAGGAGGCAGGAGUGAUAAGAGAAGUAUUCUUCCCGAAAUUACGGUGGUAGUAAAGAAAAAGAACGGUAAAUAGAGAGUUUGUGUGGAUUUCACAGACUUAAAUCGGGCAUGUUCUAAAGAUCCAUUCCCAAUGCCCAAGAUUGAUCAAUUAGUAGAUGCCACAUAUGAGCACCCGAGGAUAAGCUUCUUGGAUGCUUUCCAGGGGUAUCACUAGAUCGCCUUGGCGCCCGAGGACCGAGAAAAGACAGCAUUUAUCUCCCUGGGUGCAAACUAUCACUAUGAAGUCAUGCCAUUUGGGUUGAAGAACGCCGGAGCCACUUACCAGCGGAUGAUGACGAGGAUGUUCCGAGAGAAAAUUGGGUGCAUGGUAGAAGUAUACAUUGACGAUAUGGUGGUAAAGAGUAGACAGGAAUCACAACAUACGAAAGAUCUCCGGGGAGUAUUCGAGAUACUUCGAUGUGGGGGCUGGCAAGUUCUUGGGAUAUCUGAUUUUUACUCGGGGGAUAGAGGCCAAUCCCGACUAGAUAGAGGCCGUGAAUCGUCUUAAACCGCUAAGCAAUCCCAAGGAAGUAGAAGUGCUAAUCGGGAUGUUAGCCGCCCUAAACCGAUUCAUUUCCAAAUUUGCUGAUCGCUGCAGACCAUUUUAUCAACUUCUGAAGAAGUGGAAGGGGUUUUAGUGGGACGAGGAAUGUGACAAGGCCUUUCGAGAUCUGAAGGAAUACUUGGCACAAGCGCCCAUGUUAACGUCCCAGGAGUCCGGAGAGGAUUUGUUUAUGUACCUCUCAGUGUCCAACCACGCCGUGAGUGCUGUGUUGCUAAGAGACCGAGGAGUGCAGCAGCCGGUGUAUUACAUAAGCAAAACCUUAGUAAAUGCCGAGAUGAGAUAUCAGCCCCUAGAGAAGUUAGUGUUGGCACUGGUGCACGCCAUGAGGAAGUUGCCGCAUUACUUUCAGGCUCAUACUGUGUUCGUCCUCACCGAGUAUCCCUUGCAGUCAUUGUUAAAAAGAUCAGACUUUAUGGGCCGAAUAGCCAAGUGGGGAACUCGGUUGGGUUCGUUCGACAUAAGGUACCAGCCGCGAAGCUCGGUGAAGGGACAGGUUCUUGCUGAUUUCAUUGCAGAAUUUACCCCUAAGAACGACGGGAAGAUAAUUUGUAAUGCAGAAAGUCGUCCGUGGAAGGCGUUUGUAGACGGCGCUUCGAAUGCUAUGGGGGCUGGAGUUGGUAUUGUCAUAACCACCCCGAAGGGCAUACGACUAGAACAUUCCUUCAGAUUAGGAUUCAAAGCCUCAAACAACGAAGCCAAAUACGAGGCCUUUCUAGCCAGAUUGAGGGUCGUAUUGCAUCUGGGCGCGAAGGAUGUGGAGAUUUAUUCAGACUCUCGGCUGGUUGUUUAUCAAAUCCUAAGAAGUUUUGAAGCUCGGGAUUCUCGGAUGAAAGCUUAUCUAAGCACAGCUAAGCAAAUCAUUAGCAAGUUUGGGACAGUGAAGGUGGCCUAGGUAGGUCGGGCACAAAAUAGACAUGUCGACUCGCUGGCCACGUUGGCCUCGUCUACUACAGAGGAGAUUCCUCGGCUCGUCAAAAUAGAACUUAUAAGGGAGCCAAGUAUCGAUAUGAAAGAUGAUUGUAACCCGGCCGGGGUUGAGGUGGCCGUGGUAUCAGUAGCCAAUCCGUGUUGGAUGAAUCCGAUCAUAGAUUUCCUAGCUGAGGAUAAAGUUCUUGACGAUGAAAAAGAGGCUAAAAAGAUUCGUCGAGUGGCUCCCCGGUAUUGGCUGUCGGCAGAUCGCAAAUUGUACCGGAGGUCUUUCACAAGCCCGUACCUUUUAUGCCUACAUCCCGAGAAAGUAAAUGAACUUCUGACCGAGCUGCAUGGCGGAGUGUGUGGUGGCCAUGUUAGGGGGCGAUCUUUAGCACACAGGGCGAUGACCUAGGGGUUUUGGUGGCCACAGAUGCAGAAGGAUGCCGCGAAAUAUGUUUAGAGGUGUGAACAAUGCCAAAAACACGCCCCUCUGAUCCACCAGCCAGCAAGUCGUCUAAACCCCGUCAGUAGUCCAUGGCCAUUUGCACAAUGGGGGUUGGACAUCCUUGGCCCUUUUCCUCGAGUAACAGGUAACCGCCGGUUCGUAUUGGUGGCAGUUGAUUAUUUCACAAAAUAGGCGGAAGCCGAGGCCUUGGCCAAUAUCCGGGAUAUUGACGUGAAAAAGUUUGUAUGGAAAAACAUAGUCACAAGGUUUGGGAUGCCGGAUUCACUGAUAUCAGACAAUGGGCUACAGUUUGAUAGCAAAGGUGUCCGGGCCUUCUGCAGCGAUCUCAGCAUUAAGAACAAGUAUUCUACUUCGGCAUACCCUCAAAGCAACAGCCAAGUUGAGGCAGUGAACUAGAUGAUUUUGAACGGGUUGAAGAGAAGGUUGGACGGGGCAAAGGGGAGGUGGGUUGAAGAGCUACCUAACGUUUUGUGGGCUUACCGUCCAACUCCCAAAAGAUCCACAGGUGAGACCCCUUUCUCCUUGACAUAUGGGCAGAGGCCGUGAUACCGACCGAAGUGAGCCUAUGCAGUGCACAGGUCGCAGGAUUUGACCUCGUCUAGAACGCCGAUUUAAUGAUGGAGCGCUUGGACUGGUUAGAAGAAUGCCGGGAGGCAGCAACCAUACGGUUCGCAGAGUAUCAAUAGAGACUUGCCCAAAGAUACAACCGAGAUAUAAAGGGUAGGGAAUUUAGCGCCGGGGACUUGGUGCUAAGGAAGGUCGUGGGAAACAUGAGAGACAUAACUGCGGGGAAGCUUGCUCAAACAUGGGAGGGACCGUACAGAGUUACUGCCAUUGCAGGCACGGGGGCUUACUACUUGGAAGACCUUGACGAGAGGCCACUCCCCCGGCCAUGGAAUGUCCACAACCUAAAGAAGUUUUAUCCGUGACCAUCCAUACAUUGGAAUGUAAGUCGAAAUCUUGUACUUCGCUAAAAUCAAGUUAAUGAUGAAGUUACUUGUCUAAACUGUUUUCGAUUCCGUCAUUGCACUUUAAGUAAAUUGCAUAUUUUGUACAAAAAAAAAAAAAAAAAAAAAAACUCUAGGGACAGAAGCCUCAUUCUUGGUUCGAUCAAAAUCACCGAGCAGGUGGAAAUCUUAUCGUUACAAAAAAAAAAAAAAAAUUUAAGGACAGAAGCCUCAUUCUCGGUUCGAUCAAAAUCGCCGAGCAGGUGGAAACCUUAACACCCUUACAAAUACUAACGUCUGCAAUUUCAUUCUCGGAUUGUCCAAAAUCGCCGAGCAGGGGAGAACUAUGCACCAGGUUUUGAGGCAUUAUGCCAUUUACAUUCAAGAAAACUAACACACGUUGUAUGAACGCGAUAUAUUGGGGCACGAUUUAACCCACCGUGCAGGCAGCUCUCGGCCAAACAUGUGACAAAAUAAAUAACGACAAAAAUAGAUAAAGAAAGACAACACUGAGGGUCAAAGUGAAGCGCUCGCAGACAUAAUUUAAACAAACACACAAUGAAUAGAAGGUCAUUUAAAAAGUUAAAAGCAGAAUUGAAAACAGAAUUAAUGUCUCAUCGCCAAAACUCGGCAACCGUUUACGGGUCAUCCCCGCGAAACAAGGAAAUUAUUCAGUCACCACAACCUGGUGACAUAGGCAAAUUUACCAAUUUAAAAAAAAAAAGAGAGAGAGAGAGAAAAAAUGCAGUAAAAUGAAGUAAAAGCAUAAAAAGACCUGAACGGCAAGUAACUUAGUCAAGUGGAGGGUCUAGUCGGAUCUGCUGCUUCAGGCUGCUGCUGGUCGGUCACGGGAAAAUGCAGGUCCUCACCGAGCAGGUCUUGUGCAUUCGGGAUGCUGGUGGCUUCCAUUUCAUCUGGCUCUACAUGAGCAUCAAUCUGUUCCACCAACUCCCUCAUACUUGUUGUUUCUUCCUACUCAAUGGGCAUUAGGGGAUCCUGCACGACAGUAACGGGGCUCAGAAAGGGAAUCUGGCCGAGGUCUCUCAGGGGGGAAUCCUCGGGAACACCCAAAGCUUGCAGGGCGGCAAACCACCCAGCCUCAAAACCCAGCCUUAGAGCUUGGUCCACCACCGGUUCUGUAGAUUUCUCGGCAUUGGCAAACCCUUCAUUAUACCAUUUUUGCUCACAGGCCCCCAAAGCCACCCUCAGGCCGGUGAGUUCCUCGGCUUGGGAUGUGUUUAGGCUAAUUGCUUUAGCUAGCUUGACGUCUGUUUCGUUCUGCUUAGCCAAGAGCUCCGCGCACCUCUUUUCCGACAACGCUCUAUUCUUCUCCGCAGCAGCAGCCUUCUUCUUGGCAGAAUCAGCUACCUUCAGUUUUUCCUUCGCUGUUUUGGCAGUUGACUCUCGUGCCCCCCUCUCACGAUUAACCUCCUCGGCAAGAUCCUUUGCACAGCCAACUAGGAUAUGAGCCAAUUGAGCAGCCUGACAAACACAUAAAUUAGUAUGGAAAUAAAAAGAAAGGAAUGGUAAGUAAUAGACAAAUAAAGAGUUACCGCGAUAGUAUGCCACUCUAACCGGCGCCCCACGGACUCCUCCGACCCGUCCUCAAAAGCAUGUACGUCAUCGGGAAGAAGAAGACCCGUGGCCAGGGUCUGAGCAAUGCGACCCCCCUCACCUUUCUCCCAUAUCCGCACACAGGCAGUUGAAGGCAGAGGCUUGCCGUCUAGCAAAAACUUGGGCUUCCACGCUAGCGCGGCUUGGGAGGAGGACGCAACACCCGGCCCGACCUGGGUUUGCGGCUCGUGAAUAACAAUACCUCCUAUUGGCCGGGGAGGAGUCUGAGUGGCUACGUCUCCCGGACCCGUGGGCGGUUGAUCGAUAACCCUCUGACUUUUCCGGGCACGUCCAGCUUGAGGAGGGGGUGGAAGGGGAGGCACCUGGCUUUGACUCUGAGAGGGUUGGGGCUGAGUGGCCUGCCGCACACCGGGCACGAAACGAUCGAUAGUCAUGACCUUCCUGGUCACCAUGUCUUCGCCGAGAAGGGUAUCGGUGGCCGACAAGUUGGUUGCUUCAAGUGCAAGAUGCUCGGCUUCUGCAACAGGGGCCUCGGGUUCAACAAAGUUCUUGGGCUGAGCGGGCUUUUGAACAAGGGCUUCUUCUUGAAUAGCCUCGUGAGCUAACUCUCGAAGACGCUGAGACACGCGCUCCGCAGACUCGUCGCAAAAGGCGCUAGCUUGUCUGAGCAGGUAUAACGCUUUCCGAACGCCCUCGCCUCGCCGGUCGUAAGCUUCGGCUGCAGAAAAUUCGCGUACCGAACGUCUAUGUAUGACAAAAGUGGACUGUCAACUAACAACACUUGUUUAAAGGACUGCUAGGUGGAAUAAACGGGUUCUACUCCGAGGAUCAGGUGCGAGGCUCGGAGCUGUUCAUCCCAGUGCACGAAUAUCUUGGAACGGAGGAUAAAAUUUAAGUUUUUGACGUGGACUGUUCUAAUGUCUGGAACGAACACUUUGCCGUCUGCAAAAAAUCGAAACGCUAUAUCAACAGCCAGUAAUGAAAAGCUACUUCAGUAAAAAGAAAACAAAAGAGGGGGGGGGGGGGAAACGGUUAAGUCAGAGAUUGGAACGAACCCACUUCAUGCCGUGAAAGAGGGCAGGGGACCUCCCCGGCAAACCAGUUGCCGUACACCCGGACAAACUCCCCGGCCGAGUUCUUAUUCGAAUCAGGUAGGCAUGAUAUCAGCCGUACUCGAUUAUCCCUAGUGUUUAAGUAAUAAUUGGAAUUUUUGUUCCCAUUGAGACUAUACAUGUGGUUAAUGUCAUGGUGAUCUAACUGUAAAUCAAAGGUGUGAUUCAACCUACUAACGCAGCUAACUACCCGGUAAAAGUUGGGAGGAAGUUGGUCGGGACACAGCCCGUAGUACCUAAGUGUGUUAAUCAAAAGAGGAUCCACGGGGAACCUGACCCCACCCUCUAGAAUUGCCAUUAAAGGAAAAAAAGCUGUACCACGCCCUCGGUGGAGAGUGAUUUCGCUCUCGUGGCAGUAAGCCACUUCCACGUCAUUGGGGACAUCAAACUUCUGCCUAAAGGUGGCCAAAACCGCCAGGGCCUCCAGGAGAUAAGAGUAACCCAUUUUUGAAAUUUAAUACUGUAAUAGGGAACUCGUAGAAAGAAGUUGAAGGAAUUGGAAAGGGAAGAGAACUGACUUUGGGUUCUAAGGGAGAAAGGAACUCUGGGCUGGUGAGUAAGCGCUCAAAGGAGUGAUCGGCAGAGAGUAUGCUCAAGAAAUCAGAGGUGAAAACGUGAAAGAAUGUUCUAAAGAGAACUAUUUAUAGGAGCAGAAGAGGGCAUGGGAACGUUUAAUCAGCAAUAAAUGGGCACAAUUCAUGAAAGACCCUACGAAUGCCAAAGAUAAUCGACACGCGCGCCGCUUUGGUUCACAAACCGUCAGGCAAUAAUGACAACUGAACUUGGCACCCCGGAAUAGUGCGUCUUUUGAGAAGAGCAUUAAUGGGAAGCCAUAACCGCAUGAGUCCCUGGCCGUAGGGCUUUCGAAACCAAAAGGCUUGGUUGGUUCCUUGAUUCUUCCCGGCAGCCGGAUAUGAAUCAAGAGGGGGCUAAUGUACGGCACCAAGGUCCCAAGACCCAAUUGGGCCCUGGGUUUAGGCCCAAUGGCACGGCCCCAUUACUUUAAAUUCUACUUGAAACUACCCUUACAAACUACGAGUUUUGAGUCUCGACCCCUAACCGAUGCUCGGCAUAAAUUUCCCGAACAAAUAAGGAAGCCUUGUCCGGACGUACCAUAGGAUGCUCGGCAGUUCAGGAAACAUCACUACCGAGCAUAUUAACCUGAGUUGGAACCAAGUUCCAAAGCCAUAAUCGCUGCAUUCCACUCUCACCUAAACAUCCACUUACAACAGAUAAUAUUGGACCUUCAAUUGCACUAACAAUGGCAGUAAUCAUGAUCUCCCCAUUAACUUAGAGUUAUAAAUAGGAGAAGUUGGGGAAGAAAAGGGGGUUCAGAAAAAAGAGAAAAAACAGUUAUUCAGGAAGGGAGAGAGGAUAUUACUUUGAGUCUCUGUGCCGAGAACGACCCAAAGUAGGAAAUCCUAAAGCCCACCUUAUAAAUAAGUUGUGAGCCUAAGUGAGGCUAAGCCCAAUAGUCUCAUUUCCGGCGCACACAAUUACAGUUAAUACUAAUUAUUGUGUGUAUGAUUAUUUUUGCUAAAACUAUUAUUAUUAUUAUUAUUAUUAAAAAUUUGCUUCAUAAAUCCUUUAUUUGAGUUUCUUUCAAUUUUAUUAUGAACUACAAGCAUUGUAAAUUAUAUUUAAUAUUUAGCAUAAAAAACUGUAAUAGUCAUUAUAUAUUAAUUUUAUUAUUGUUCUUUUGUUUUUAUUUAGGAUUAUAUUUUUUUAGAAGAUAUUUAUGAUUAUUUGAUUGUGUGUGUGUGUGUGUGUGUGUGUUUUUUUUUUUUGUUCUUUCUUUCUUUUCUUGCAAGUAUCACUCUAUAAUUCCUACAUUCCUCACUUUGUAUCGCAAUUGUAGUAAGCUUCUCGGCCCCCAAAUUUAAUUGGAAAUUAUUUUCUUAGUUUUUAAUUUUUUAUAUAGAUGGUUUGUAAAAAAUAUACCUUCAAAUAUUGUAAUUUUUUAAUCUAAGUGUUUAUAUAUUAAAGAUACUGUGAAAAUGCAUCUUCACUUACACUAUACUUUUGUAUUAUGUGUGUAUGAAUUUAAGAAUACGAUAAUUAGGCUUGAUUCCAUUCCAA